AUUUCCAUAUAAGAGAUUAUAUGUCCUUAUUUUUAAGUCCAAAAAUCUAUUUCAAAAAUAGAUUUAUAAGAGGUGACUCAGAAACUUUCCUUUAAAUUAACUGUCCAUAGUUGCUUUCUCUCUCUCCCUUUCUCUUCUACAACGUUAAUUAUUGGGGCCUUCGUUUAACUAAACUUGGUCGAUAGUUGCCUUAAUAUGGACAAUGAUCUCUCUUCUAUAUAAAGUAGGAAAAAGGGCAUUCGAUUAUUUCUAAUGUUGUAUUGUAGGGCACUCUUAUAUGAAUCUCUCUCUCAAUAGAGGGAAAGAAGGGGGCUUUCAAGUAUUCCAAUAGUCGGGUGUUUUCAUAAGGUAUUUUAAAUUAAAUUGAAAAUUGAGUUUAGAAUGUUAAAUAGUUGGACUUUUAGGUGUGUUGUGAAAUUUUUAUUGUAAGAAAAAUGUUUGGGUUUUAUAGUUGUUUUAUCAUGAUUAGUAUGUUAUUUUUUUUCAUAAAAAAAAGGGGUGGCAAUAGUGAUCCUUAAGAUCAUUUAACCACCAAGGGUUAUGGAAUGGAUUUUAUAGUACACUAUUGUGCUCCCUAGCAUGACCUUAAAGGUCAUGGUAAAGCGGUAUUCACUCGGAUCAAUGUGGUGGAUGGAGAUGGAAGAAAGUGGGUCCAACAUAUAUUGAUUGAUUGCAAUGCGUGUUCCCGCUGUUCUUUGCCAUCCAUUUCAUUGAUCGGAUGGUGAUAAAACCACAUGGUAUUGUCAACUUUCUUGCAAUGGUGCCCAUUCUGACAGUAUGGAUCAUGGCAUGUUCUCCACCUCGCUCUCUCUCUCAUAUGGUCAUAUGAGAAUAUAAAGGGAUCACAUAUCUUGUACUCCAAACCCUUACCCUUCCCCCCUCUCUGGCUGAAGAGAAUCACAAAAGCUUUCAUCCACGGCUCUCUCGAUGGCUAUCUCCUCACUAACCACAUUGCCAUGGAUUCCACUACCUGGGACUCCACCACCUAAACCCUACAACUAGAUGGCAAAGAACCACCGUUCAUAUGAAGAUGAGCAAGGCCAAGAUCGACAAGGACCAAGACACCGAAGAUGUCGGCUUGGCCAGUAAAGUAACCAUAGCAUCGAGCCUAGUAGCCAUCCCCACCAUAGGUUGGUCGCUCUACACGCUCAAGACCACUGGGUGUGGCCUCCCCCCGGGGCCACUGGGAUCGUUGGGUGCGCUAGAGGGCUUGAGCUACUUGACCGUGUUCGGUGUGGUGGGUUGGUCAGUGUGGGUCAAGGCUAGAACUGGGUCAGGCCUAACGGCCGGGCCUUACAGCCUCUUGGGUGCAGUUGAGGGUACAUCAUACUUGGUUUUGCUAGCCAUUUUGGCGGUGUUUGGGUGGCAAUUCUUGGACUUGGGUUACAUCCCUGGCCCUUUGCCCGGUGACCGGUGCUUUGGAUGAUGGGUGUGGUGUAUGGUAUUGAACCAUGGUAUCUGGAGCAUGGAGGAUGUGUGGCUGAGAAGAAAUUGCUCUUAAAAGAAAAAGAGUUGGGAGAGAUAAGGUUGAUGUGGUAGAUAAGGGAGGAAGUGUUAGUUUGGAUGUUAUGCUAUUUGUUGAUAUUUAGCGUUUUUUCCCUC